CAGCUGGGUGGCGGAUCACCGUCACCACCUCCGUCCCUGGACUCCGUCGCUCUCGAGCUCGGCUCAUUUCGUCGGUGGCAAGGAGUGGAGGUGCACAGAGAACUCGACAGCUGAUCGCGGUCGGUGGUGCGGUGCGUCGUAUGCGAUUGACGCUCUCUUUCUCUCUCUCCCGUCAGUCGCAGUACACGUUGCGGUCCCGUUCGGUGCGUACACGAUAGCAGGUUCAAGAUUCUGGUGCGUGCACGCGUUCGCGAUCGACCGCCCCUGUCGACGACGGCAGUCGAUAGCCCGGGGUGGAAUCGCGACUUCAGCGUGGCUUGCUGCCUCGAUUCAGUGCGAACGCCAGUGUGGUUUGUGAUAUCGCCUCGUCACAGCCCAGGGAAGGACCUUUGCCAGUGGGUGCGUCGUCGUGCGACGCUUUGACAGGUCCGAGUGCUUGACAGAUCGAAGAUGCGGAACGUCAUAGUCGUGGUAUGAGUUCGGACGUCGCGGCAGCAGCUGAGCCCACUUUCGUCCGAGGCACCACUGGAUGAUGGCUGAUCUCAAGAAUCUCGCUCUGGGCGGUGGCGGAGCUUCCAGAUACAGCGGCGAUGAACAAGUGCAAUUCAUCCCAGGCGGGAGUCACCAGGUGACGAUCAGAUCACCCCCUCCCUCCUUACACUUGGAGAGUCUCAACAAUGCGGUCCACGGCGGCUCGCAGAACAAUCUCCACUGCAGUUGCAACGGCACUACGUCGAACGGUGCUGCAGCGACGGUGUGCACCGGCGGGGUCCUGGCCAGAAAAGUGCCGAACCACAGCGGCGCUAGUCCCGGACAAGGCAACAAAAGGCCGGCGGUAUCGCUGACGCAUCUUCCAAAGAGGCCACCGGUCGACGUGGAGUUCAAGGACCUGGCCUACAGCGUGUCCGAAGGCAGGAAGAGGGGAUACAAAACUAUCCUAAAAUGUGUAAACGGGAAAUUCCGAUCUGGAGAGCUAACGGCCAUCAUGGGACCGUCCGGCGCCGGGAAGAGCACGCUGAUGAACGUUUUAGCGGGUUACAAAACGUCCCACUUGAGCGGAUCAGUGCUGAUAAACGGAAAGGACAGGAACCUGAGGAGAUUUCGCAAAAUGUCCUGCUACAUCAUGCAGGACGACCGACUGCUGCCGCACUUGACCGUCUACGAGGCGAUGACUGUCUCGGCGAAUCUCAAGCUGGGGAAGGACAUAAGCGCGACUGCCAAGAAAGUGGUGAUCGAGGAGAUAAUCGAAACUCUCGGCCUACGCGAGGCCAGCAACACGCAAACUCAGAAUCUCAGCGGAGGACAACGGAAGAGGCUGUCGAUCGCGCUGGAGCUCGUCAAUAACCCUCCGGUUAUGUUCUUCGACGAGCCGACUUCCGGUUUAGAUAGUUCCUCCUGCUUCCAAUGUCUCAGUUUGCUCAAGUCUCUAAGCAGAGGAGGAAGGACGAUCAUAUGCACGAUUCAUCAACCGAGCGCCCGUCUGUUCGAGAUGUUCGAUCAUCUUUACCUACUUGCCGAAGGCCAGUGUAUAUAUAAAGGCAACGUCGGUGGUCUGGUGCCCUUCUUGUCGUCAAUGGGUCUCGAAUGCCCGAGUUACCACAACCCAGCGGACUAUGUGAUGGAAGUCGCAUGCGGCGAGCACGGCGAAUGCGUUCACAAGCUCGUCAUGGCCGUGAACAAUGGCAAGUGCAAUAAUUAUCAGCAUCAUCAAGCGGCGAUCGCCACGGCGCAGACGGUCUCGAACGACAUCGCCAAGGAGUCGCCGCAGGAGCAGACGAAAUCGGAGGGCGCCGCUCUGAUACCGAACGGCGUGGCGAAGCCACCGCCCGGGGCGACGAUGAUCAACAUGCCGGUGUCUUGCACCACGUUACUGCUGGACAGCGCGGAGAGCAUAGAACAGAAGGUCGGCUUUCCGACGAACGGCUGGGUGCAGUUCUGGAUACUGCUGAAGAGGACCUUCCUGUCGCAGAUACGAGAUAUGACGCUGACGAGAGUGAGGCUGAUCUCGCAUAUAAUCGUCGGCCUGCUGAUCGGCGCCAUUUACUACGACAUCGGCAACGAGGCAUCGGAGGUCACCAGCAAUGCCGGAUGCGUCUUCUUCACAGUGAUGUUUCUCAUGUUCACCGCUAUGAUGCCUACUAUAUUGACGUUUCCGAUGGAAAUGUCCGUGUUUGUGAGGGAGCAUUUGAAUUAUUGGUAUUCAGUGAAAGCCUUUUAUUUCGCGAGAACGUUGGCGGACUUGCCGUUCCAAAUUGUAUAUUCCAUAGCAUACGUGAUGAUCGUGUACUUCAUUACGUCGCAACCGCUGGAAACGGAGCGUUUUCUUAUGUAUCUUAAUAUCUGCAUCCUGACGUCAUUAGUCGCGCAAUCUAUCGGUCUGCUGAUAGGAGCGGCAAUGAGCGUGGAGACGGGAGUAUUCAUCGGACCCGUGAUGUCGGUGCCGAUCGUCCUGUUCUCCGGCUUCUUCAUCAACUUCGACGCCGUUCCGCGAUACCUGAAGUUUCUCUCGUACGUGAGCUACGUGAGAUACGGUUUCGAGGGUGCCAUGAUCUCCGUUUACGGCUACAAUCGGGCGAAGCUAAAGUGUUCCGAGUCCUACUGCCACUACAAGAGUCCAACGAAGUUCCUCGAACAGAUGUCCAUGCAGAACGCGGUCUACUGGGUGGACGUCGUCGCCCUGGUCGGCUUUCUGCUCGUUCUACGGGUGGUUGUUUACUUCGUGCUGAGACUCAAGCUGCGAUCCCUUCGUUAA